AUGGCGUCCUUGGGCCUCCUGGUCUGGCUUCUGCUCCUUCAGCCCUGGCUCUGGAAGGCCCCCGCGGGUGGGGAGGGGGCGCAGGGCGGGACUGCGCUGCCCUCACGCUCUCCCACACCCUCGCCCUCGGGGGGCAGCCGCCAGGACCCAGGGGCGAGCCCGGGGAAGCUGCCACCCACAGGGGUUCCCCAACCCUCGGUGGCCCCCACCUCCCAAGCGGCCGCGGGACCCUUGAAGGUGGUGGAGUUCACCUCAGCGUGCGGCCAAGUGCUCUCGAAGAUCGUGGGCGGCGAGGAGGUGGAGGAAGGCGAGUGGCCGUGGCAGGUGAGCCUGCGGAUCAGCGGCAGGCACGUGUGCGGGGGCACCCUCAUCACAGAGCAGUGGGUGCUGACGGCCGGCCACUGCAUCUUCAGGCGACGCGAUUACAGCGUCAAGAUGGGCGAUCGGAGUGUCUUCCAGGAAAUCACCAGCGUGGUGGUCCCGGUCAAAAGCAUCACUGUCCACCCGCGGUUCACCACGGUUGGAACCAUUCACCAUGAUCUGGCCCUUCUCCAGCUUAACUACCCAGUGAAUUUCACCUUCACCAUCUUCCCCAUUUGCAUCCCUGACGUGACUUUCAAAGUGGCAGCUGGGACCAGGUGCUGGGUGACCGGAUGGGGCAGAAAACAAGAAAUCGGUGGCGAACUGGCUUCAUUUACUCUCCAGAAGGUCGACCAGUACAUCAUCUACUAUGAUAAGUGUAACAAGAUGGUGAAGAAGGCCAUGUGGAAGACCAGGGACGUGGUGCUGCCGGGGAUGAUCUGCGGCUACAAAGACGUGGGGAAGGAUUCUUGCCAGGGAGAUUCUGGGGGCCCCCUGGUCUGUGAAUAUAAUGACACGUGGGUCCAGAUGGGGAUCGUGAGCUGGGGCUUCGGCUGUGGUCGUCAAGACGUGCCUGGAGUUUACACAGACGUUGCAUUCUAUGCUAAGUGGAUCGUCGCAGUGGUGAACCAGGCUGCCGUUUUGUACCCAGUGGUGCUCCUCAUCCUGCCCCUGUGUCUGGGGCUGCCCCUGGGCCUCCUGGCGACCCCGUGA